GGUGAGUUCGCUCAUUAUCGUCCAGCUGGUGGGUGAUACAUGUCCUGGAUCAGAAGGCAGUGAUAUGAACACGGUGCGCUGCAGGGGCGUGACGGUAGUGCUGGUGUGCGCACUGGCCAUGGCGCUGGUGUCGGCGCAAAUCACGUUCAGCCGCGACUGGACGGGCGGCAAGCGCGCGGCGCCGAUGGCCAUCGACUGCGGGCAGUUCACCAGGCUCUGCCGGCAUUUCGUGGUUGCACGAGUUGAAGCAGGCCAUGUCGUCGGAGAGCAAGCGGCGCCGCGAGGAGGAGCCCUCGCCCGCCUACGACGACGACAACUAGCCGACGACCUCAACUGAACUGAACAACUGCUGACAGCUCAUGACGAUAUGAACCUUCACUUCACACUUCACAGAAAGGGUGGGAGGCAGAAUGUGCACUUUUUCAUAUUAAUUUAAAGCUGCAGUGCGCAUUUUGCGAAGUGCACAUUCUGCGACAAACUCGAUAGAAAACUUCUACUAACUGUUAUUUAAUAUUCUGUCUUGAUGGAAAACACGAUCAUUUUUAAUCCGUAGGAAAAAAACCCAUAUUUCGGCUGAUAGAGCCGUUCGUUCGUUUUUCGUUUUUUUUUUCCAACGACAUGCUGUGAACCGAUUUUAGUUCUUAAAGUGACCGCAGGGAGCGCUGUACAAUUUGUUGUUUUUUUAUUUUCAUUGUACUUUACGCCGUGUCUCGCUAGUGAACACUUAUAACUGGUAAUGCUCUAUGACGUAUAACUACAUUAUAUGGAUUACAUUCUAGUUUUAAAUCGAGACAGCGUAUGCGCAUAUAAGUAUGAAAUGAGCGGUAUAGGCUUCAUACUGACACCUUUAAAUCUGCUUAUGUACUUUCUUUUAAAACGCGAGCCUCGUUCUUGAAGAAAGCGUAAGUUAUCAAGAUUUGAAAACCCCAGAGUAAGAUUUAUUUCGGAGUGUAAUACAACAGUAAUAUCAAAUCAUUGUAAAUACGCUGCAGCAGCAAAUUACAUAAAAUGGAACUAAAAUAAAUGUUGAUAACUCAAAAAAUAAAGGCCUGUUUACACAAACUUAAGACAUGUCAUUUUUGAAGCCAACGCUCAUUGAUUCUAAAAUCUGUACUUUUCUUACUAAAAUUCUGAAUGAACACAAUAUUUAAUGACUAAUUUACACUUCCCACUGUAAUUUCUAGUCAUGUAACCAAAGUAUUACUUAAUUUCCUUAGAUAGGUGUAUUUAAUGAAUUUAGAGUAAGUUUAGCCUAAGUGAGUUACUAUAGGAAUGCGCGACAAACUUGUGACUACCCCAAAUUGUUGAUCGAUAUUGUGAAUACGGCUUAGCAUAGAAAUAAGGACAGAUAUUGAAUAAAAGCAUUUGAAAACCGA